GGGAAAAAAAAGAACAUUAACAACAUUAUCAUCUGCUGUUCAAUAAAAAAAAACAACAUUAUCAUCUGGAAAUGAUGGAAGCAGUGUAUCUAGUUUGGUCAAUCCUGACCACCACACUCACCUCCAUCAUUCUAUCCCUCUUCCUCCCUUUCCGUCUUCUCUUCUCCAACUCUCCACCCACUUCUUCAGCUGCACUAUAUCAAGGCACAGUCUGGCACGAACGACGUCGUCCGGUUCACCAUUCUUUCAAGUACCAUGUUCGCUACGCUUACAUUGACCUUGAUCACACCCCACACUCACUUGACCAUCUUUCUUCUCAACAAGCUCGUGAUAUCGCCCAAACCAAUGGUCCUGUUUUCCUAUUGACAAUUCCUCCUAGUGUUGGAUAUGAACAAAACCCGUUGAGCUUGUACUAUUGCUAUGACUUGGAAGGCUCAACCAGAUGCUUAAAGAUGUGCAUUGCAGAGGUUACUAAUACACCAUGGGGGGAACGGGUACAGUUUCUGUUCAACCCGAACUCUGAUGUAGUUGCAAAACCGCUUCAUGUUAGCCCCUUCAUGGAUAUGCUUGGGAGCUGGAACAUGAAAACAAGUGUACCUGGGGAUAAACUUAUGGUAAAAAUUUCAGUAAGCCAUCCUAAGCUUGGUGACUAUUUCACUGCUACAUUGACAGCAAAUAGGAUAUCUUCAUCAUCAGUUCAGCAUGCGGUUUUCUUCUGGCUAAUGCCUCACAAAGUUGCACUCUGGAUUUACUGGCAUGCUCUGAAACUCUGGUGGAAAAACGUAGCAUUUAUUCAGCAUCCAAGAUAUGAAAGUUCAUCAUACAAAGAAGAUGCUGUAGCACGCGAUAGAAGUCUUGGGUGUUGCCAGACAUUUGCAACACAAAUAAAUGAUCAACAGCAGGAAGUCAAGGACCGUUGGUUUAGAUGGAGAGACGCUAAAUGGCCAUGGUGCUAAAUCGAUCAUGUAAGUCAUUUUAUUCAAGUUACAUAGAUCCCAUUCAUCAAAGAUGUCCCGUUAAAUGUAAGAUAGACUCCUUGAUGAGUUUGUAUUGUUGUAAGACUUUUUACUGAAAACUCAAAUUUCAAUAUUAGACAUGAUAUAUUCAGUCAUAUCCUUUUGAGAUCAA